AUGGAUCGGAGUUGGAUGUAUAAAAAACACAAUACACUUGAAUAUGUUCAUGGGGUUCAAGAGUUUGUUAAAAUUGCCGAGGAAUAUGCAAGUAAAAUUGGUGAAAAUUAUAUAGUGUGUCCUUGUUAUGAUUGUAGAAAUCUAAAAAAGUUUCGUAGUUCUGAACAAAUUAAGGAACAUUUGAUACGUCGUGGUUUUAAGCUAGGAUAUGACUGGUGGAUAUGGCAUGGUGAAACUGUCCUUACUAGUAACAGUACUAAUCAAAGAGAAUGUAGAAAAAAUGUAGAGAAAGAUCAAAGUAAUGAAAAUAAUGUUGGAAAUGAUGGAGACAAUGAUCGGCUAGAUGAAAUGAUGCGUGAUAUGCAAGGGGAUUUGAAUGAAAUGCCUCAAGAGUUUGAAAGUUUUUUUGCGAGUUCUGGAAAACCUUUGUUUUCUGGAUGUAGUAAAUUUACAAAGUUAUCAGCAGUGCUUAAAUUGUAUACCGUAAAAGCAAAAAAUAAGUGGAGUGAUAAGCGUUCCACGGAGUUAUUAGAGCUUUUAAAAGGCAUGCUUCUUAUUGAGAAUGAACUUCCUUGUUCAACUUAUGAGUGUGGAGCAUCGCGUUAUAAACAAAAAGGGCUCGAUGAUGCAUGUGAGCAGAAGAAAGGUCCUCCAGCGAAGUUGUUGUGGUAUCUACCGGUGAUUCCAAGAUUCAAACGUUUGUUUGCAAAUGCAAAGGAUGCGAAGAAUUUGCAAUGGCAUGCUAGUGGGAGAAAAGAAGAUGGAAAGUUGAGACAUCCUGUCGAUUCUCCUCAGUGGAAGAACAUUAAUAAGAAGUUUCCAGAUUUCGGUGCUGAAAAUCGAAAUCUUAAGCUUGGACUAUGCACAGAUGGAAUGAAUCCUAAUGGUAACAUGAGCAGUCGCCAUAGCACUUGGCCAGUUCUUUUAACAGUUUACAAUCUUCCUCCGUGGUUGUGUAUGAAGCGCAAGUACAUCAUGUUAUUAUUGCUAAUAUCUGGUCCUAAACAACCAGGAAACGACAUAGAUGUGUACUUGGCACCGCUUAUUGAAGAUUUAAAGAUGUUGUGGAAUGAAGGUGUGACAGUAUUUGAUGCUCAUAGUCAAACCAACUUCACUUUACGAGCCAUGCUGUUCUGCACAAUCAGCAUAUGUAGGAAAAAUGUGUUCAUGAGUCAUCGAACCUUUUUACCUAUUGACCAUCCUUAUCGAAAAAGGAAAAAAACUUUCAAUGGAAAAUCUGAGACUGGAGUUGCUCGCUUACCAUUAUCAGGGGAUGUUGUUUAUGAAUGA